AUGUACCGAAGCGUUUACAGACCGUAUAAAAAUUCUAAGUAAGUGUAAAAUUUCGUUCUCUAAAAUGUAAUUUGAAUGAUUAAAAGAGAUCUUUAAGCUUCUUGUGUUUACGAUAUUAAUAGGAUUUGGGUUUUGCGUGUUAUAGUUGUUAUUCUUCAUAUUUGAUGUUCAGUUAUUUAUUUUGGAUGUAAGUAAUGGCAUCCUUUUGUCAGAAAAUGACAAAAAAGUUGAGAUGUAACGGUAUAAGGCUCUUCAGAAUGGAUGAUUCGAAGGAACAGAGAAUAAUGGUGAUGGGGCAUUGUGCCGACGGUCAGUUUGGUUAUGUAAAUAAGGAGUAUGCAGACAGUCCCACUUCUUGGAGAUUACAUCUAAAUCAUGGAGAAACCGAUCAAGUAGUGCACUUCUGUCUGGGGGAGAAACAUUCAUUAGCGUUGACUCUGAAGGGGCGAGUUUACAGUUGUGGUUCCAAUGAACAUGGUCAGCUUGGGAGGAAAUGUAUGUCAAUUGUUUCAUGUUAUCGUCAAAGUGCCGGUUUAUGUGUGAAUGAUUUUUUUCAGCCUUCGAUUUAAUUGGAGAAUGCGAAUUUCGACAAGGGUUGAAGAUAAUCCAAAUAGCCACCGGACAAAGUCACAAUCUGGCAGUAACAGAAGAUGGACGGCUCUUUGCGUGGGGUCUAAACGACAACUAUCAAUGCGGAAUCUCCGAAGCCGGGAGCUUAUUCACACCAACUAGAGUUUCAAAUUUGAGUGGGGUCUGUCAAGUUGCAUGUGGUUCAUUGUCAUCUAUAGUUUUGCUCGAUUGUAAGUGGUUGAUUUGGUUGUUUGUUCUAAUAUUAUAGGUAACAAGGUGUUUGUAUUCGGAUGGGUAAUAGGCCAAGCAAUUGGUCCUACUGAGAUCCCUCUUCUCAAUCACAUUCCACUUCGGCAAGUCGCUGCGGGCGGUGACCAUUUUGCAGUGCUAACAAGAUCGGGGAAUGUGAUGUGCUGGGGGCGCAAUGAUUAUGGUCAGACGUCAGUGGAAGCCGUGGACGAAGUCAGAGAACCCACUCUAGUAGGGGGUCCUAUCAAAAGCAUGAAAGUCAUCCAGGUAUGUGACAACUGUAAUAUUUGUAUCUCUCUAUUUUAGGUCGCUUGCGGUGGUCGGCAUACGUCAAUAUUGACCAUAGAGGGGCGAGUCUUCUGCUUCGGUGCCAACAAUUUUGGACAGCUGGGAGUGUCCAGGAAGUGCCGAGCGCUUAGUGUCCCCAGUCCUGUGCUUGAUCUUUUGGGAACUAAGGUCAAAUCCAUUGCUUGUGGCUCUUCACAUACAAUGGCUAUGACUUCGAAAGGAUUAUUUUCGUUCGGUUAUAAUGAUUAUGGUCAAUUGGGAACCGGGGAAAGAGACGCCACAGCAUUAUCCCCAGUAUCGGUCAAGGUCGACGAUCCUAAGGCCUUAUUUGCAGGAUGGGAUCAGACAAUUAUACUUUGCGGUGGUCCUGUAAGUUUUCAUAAAAUUAGUUUUGUAUGUUUUAGGGCUGGAUGCAGAAUAUCAAGCUUCCAAAGGUCUUGACCUACGCAAAAAUGGAGAGUUUAAUAGAGGGAAAGGAUAAGAUCGACACCAUUUCCCAUUUGGAGUUUGUUUUUAAUUCCCUGGGAUGUUUAAAUGCCUCAUUUCUGUUCCCUGACAGCCCAUAUCCUUGUGAUUUUACCCAUCAUGGAGUGAAUAUGGAUGAUGUAAUGAAGACAUUCAAUCUAAUCGACGAGUCUCCUCACGCCAGAGAAUACGCCGAAUGUGUAGGUGGUUGUAUUUGUGCAGGAUUAUGUUUAUAUUUUAGAUCAUAUCAGCCCUUCAACAUAUCAAUUUCAAAGAGAUUUACGACAAUUUACUUAGAAUCCCUUCGGAUAAACUGACAUUCGAAGUCCUGAGGAUCUUUCUGAUCUUGCCCUGGUUCCAUCCAAUGAUUAACCCCUCAGAUCACACCAUGAGGAAUAUUUUAAUUCCUUUUGUUGAACUCUUGGAAAAUGUCACAAAGAUAUAUGGGCAAGUGUUAAGUAAGUCAUGUUUAUUGGGCGUCGAUGUAAUUCCAGUGUUUUUUGAUAGAAUGAGAUAAUUUUAGGAACAUGGUGGCUCACUUUCGAAACGCGACAUUUCAAUCGGGUCGUGAGCUGCCUGGUCGGUUUUAUCCAAUUCUUUUUCCGCCGAAACCCCACACCAAGCCCCAAAUACUUGCCUGCCCUCAGGGUAUUAGACCAACUUUGUCAGGUUAACAAGAUUUCAAACCGAGUCCCUUAUGAAAAGUUUUAUUUGAAUGAAUUGAUGGGGAAGGUCAAUGUUCAUCAAGAUUAUGUCGAUUAUUAUGUCAGCAAAUAUCCCGAACGAUUUCCUAGAAGCCAGGUAACUUUUUUUUGUGUAGGAAAAGGGUUUUUAAUUUUAUGACUUUAGAACAAACAGAACGUGUUGUUCUACUGGUCUCAAUACCCUUUUUUGAUGAAUGCCGAAGCAAAGUCAGCCAUCUUGGAAGCCGAUUCAAUGCUCAAAAUGCAUGUAAGUACGAAAUCAGCAUGUGUGGAUUUUACUUUAUCUUACAGUUAUCUGUGGCCAGUGUAAUUCCCAUAUUCAACAUGAUCCCGGAAGAACACGCUUUCCUCCACUUCCAUGUAAGAAGAGAUCAUAUUGUAGAAGACACCUACGAACAAGUUAUGAGGACGUCGCCCACUGACAUGGCAAAGCCCCUCAGGGUUAAUUUUGUUGGUGAAGAAGCGGAGGAUAGAGGGGGCGUUCGGAAAGAAUACUUCAUGUUAUUGUUCCAGGAACUGCUACAACCAACGCAAGUGUAUUUUUUUUAAAUAUAAUACCUAAAAUUAGAUAUGGGAUGUUCGUGGAAGAUCCCGAUUCUCACAUGGCCUGGUUCUCCGGAGUGGAUGGGGAUCCAGUUUCGUAUGAAGUGGUCGGUCGGUUAUGUGCUCUGGCCAUCUACAACUUCACACUUGUGAAUCUUCCUUUUCCUCUGGCAUUAUAUAAGAAGUUACUGGGGCAACAAAUUACAUUGGAAGAUUUCAAGGAGCUCCAUCCGACAGAAGGUACAGUAUUCUGGCCAUGUAAGCAUAUUUUUUAGGAAAUUCAUUGGAGAAAAUGCUGGAAUACGAAGGCGAUGACUUUGAGGACGUUUUCUGCCAGUCCUUUGUCAUAUCACUGGAAGUUUUUGAGCAUCGGGUAGAUGUUCCCUUAAGGCCUGGAGGUGCAGAUAUCCCGGUGUCUCAACAAAAUAAGAAUCAGUUUGUCCAAGAAUACAUUACAAUGAAGAUGGAGAAGGGAGUGGACAACGUCCUGGCCACUCAAUUGGAUUCAUUCCUCAAAGGAUUCUGUCGGGUUUUGGAUUCGGAAAUCCUGGGUCUUUUCCAGCCAAGGGAACUCAUGGAGAUGGUCACUGGAAACGAGAACUAUGAUUGGGAUGUUCUGAAACAAGUAAGUUUUCUAUAAAUUGUCGUUGAUAUUGUUAUAGAACACAAAAUAUAAAGAUGAAUAUCACGCCCGACAUCCAGUCAUCGAAUGUUUUUGGAAGGUGUUUUACGAUCUGACAGUAGAAGAAAAGAAGAAAUUCCUUCUUUUCCUGAUGGGGACUGAUCGUAUUCCCCUCAGGGGGAUGAAAGAAGUCAGCAUGGUCAUCCAACCUGAACCCGAACACCUUAUCCCCGUUGCCCACACAUGCUUCAAUCUCCUUGAUUUGCCUAAAAUAACUGAUCCAAAGUUGAUGAAACAACGUCUUCUGAUGGCAUUGGAGAACACAAGUGGCUUUUCUUUAGCAUAG